CCAUUGUUAAGGAGAUUUAAAGGGGCCGUGGGAGCGAGGCCAGCGCGAGAGAGAGGCCGGGCGGUGGGACGUAGGAGCCGGCCGCGCCCCGUGGGAAAGGCUGGGGAUCGUACAGUACAGUAGGCCUCGUCCGAGUGGAUUGUCAUUUGGGUGAAGCGGCGACGUUGGUUGAAGAUCCCGGGGAAGAAGGGGGGACACACCGCACAUACCGGACUAUGGAGCCGCCGGCCGCUAAGAGGAGGUGUUCCGGCCUGAGCCCCCGCUACAAGCCCGACUCCCUGCUGGAUCUCAGUGCCAAGAAAGUGGCCGAGACCUGGGCCUUCGAGCAGGUGGAAGAACGGUUUUCCAGGGUCCCAGAACCCGUCCAGAAACGGAUCGUCUUCUGGUCAUUCCCACGCAGCGAGAAGGAGAUCUGCAUGUACUCCUCGCUGGGGUACCACCCUCCGGACGGCGAACGUGACUCUCGGGUGCCCUUUAACCGCGGCCUGCAGCUCUUCCAGUCCGGAGCGGUGCAGCGAGUGCUACAAGUCGGGUUUCACCUCAGCGGAUCGGUCACAGAAGCAGGAGAACCAGAGCGCACCUACCAAGUAUCCAUUAGUUUUGACAGAUGCAAGAUCACGUCGGUCAGCUGCGGCUGCGAGAACAGAGACAUUUUCUACUGCGCCCACGUGGUGGCCCUGUCCCUUCACCGCAUCCGGCGGGCACGAGGGGUGGAGCUGAGACUUCCUAUCUCGGAGACUCUGUCCCAGAUGAACCGGGACCAGCUUCAAAAGUUUGUGCAGUACCUGAUCAGCGAACAUCAUACAGAGGUGCUGCCGACCGCCCAGCGAUUAGCAGAUGAGAUCCUUCAGCUGGGAUCUGAGAUAAACAGAGUGCAUGGAGCCCCAGACCCCACUGCUGGUGCAGGCCGAGAAGACGAUAACUGUUGGCAUUUAGAUGAGGAACAAAUUCAGGAGCAAGUGAAGCAGCUUCUGUCCAAUGGAGGAUAUUAUGGAGCCAGCAAGCAGCUGCAAUCCAUGUUCAAUAAGGUAAGGGAGAUGUUAAGGAUGCGAGAUUCCAAUGGAGCGCGCAUGCUCAUCUUGAUGACGGAACAGUUUUUGGAGGACCCUCGUCUUGCACUCUGGAGGCAGCAGGGAGCUGGCAUGACUGACAAAUGUCGCCAGCUAUGGGAUGAACUAGGUGCAUUGUGGGUAUGUGUGGUUCUCAGCCCACAUUGCCGCCCAGAGGAGAGGGAGUCUUGGUUGCAGUUGCUCCGACGAUGGAACGCGCUUGAUAUUUGUCCUCUGGAAGAAGGGAACUAUUCCCUGGAAGGACCAGGAACACAAACGAUGCCUCAGAUUUCAACUGCAGGACAAGCAGCUCCGGGACCCCGUCAGACUGUCUUUGCUCGGGCUCUCAAGGCUGGAGAGCUGCGCUGGAAUGAUCCCCACCUACAGAAAGUGCUGAUCGGAGAGACCGCUGCUUCAGGAGGCGGUGUAAAGAACAACACCGACAAGCUGUCCUAUGACCCUCAAGGGCGUCCGUUAUGGCUCGGAGACCAUUUCCCUGUGGCCUGCGCUCGUGUCGACGCACUUCGGUCCCACGGGUAUCCGCAGCAGGCUCUGAGGCUGGCUGUCUCUGUGGUGAACACCAUGAGGCUUCAAAGGCAGCAUCAGAUGGAGGGGCUGAAGCAGCAGAGGAAAGAACUGCAGAUGAAAGGUAGCACCACUCUUACCAAUCUGGAGGGGUGGAUUGGCCACCCACUGGAUCCAAUCGGCUGUCUCUGCAAGACCUUCUUAGAAGCCAGUUUACCUGAAGAUGAAGCACCAGCGCCAUUCCCAGAAAUAGGCGGGGAGCAGAGGAAGGUUAUGUACCAACAUGUCCCAGUUCUUGGAGGAUCCCAGUCUGGAGAGUCUCUGCUUUGCUUGGCACUGGAAGUGGCCCUCAUGGGCUUGGGGCAGCAACGAGCAAUGCCAGAAGGACUAUACGCACAGGACAAGCUGGUGCGAAGUGAAGAACAGAUCAUUGGCCUGCUGGGGACAUUGGAAAUGGGAGAGAGGCUGGUGCAAGUUCUACGGAAGCAGGCAAUGCUGCUUCUAGAAGGUGGUCCAUUCAGUGGUUUUGGCGAAGUGAUCUAUAGAGAGAGCGUUCCCAUGCAUACAUUUGCUCGCUUCCUAUUUACAGCAUUACUUCCGCAUGACUCUGACUUGGCCUAUCGCAUUGCUUUACGAGCUAUGAGGCUGCCUGUGCUGGAGUCAGUCCUUCCUCCUCAUGGUUCGGACAUCAUGCCGUUGGACUCCAUGCUGACCAGUCGCUUUCCCCGCUGGUUUAUUUUGGGCCAUUUGGAGACACGCCAGUGUGAGCUGGCGUCAGCCAUGUUGACAACCGCAAAAGGAGAUCCUAAGUGGCUUCACACAGUCCUGGCCUCUAUCCAGCAGCACAUCCACUCCCCAGCUCUGCUCUUCAAGCUGGCCCAGGACGCUUGUAAGACUGCAACACCCCCCAAUUCUCCUCCUGACACCACCCUGCUGAACAUCUCUCUGGAGCUGGGAUUACAGGUUAUGAGGAUGACGUUGACCACUCUGACAUGGAGGCGCAGGGAAAUGGUGCGUUGGCUGGUGUCGUGUGCCACAGAAAUUGGGGCACAGGCUCUGAUCAGCAUCAUGCAGAACUGGUAUACCCUCUUCACUCCCAUAGAAGCCACAAGUAUCGUCGCUGUAUCCUGUACAUCCCCCGCCACCCUCCUCCGUUUCAGCACUGACCCCAGACAACGAGAAGAACUAUGUUCGUGUGCCCGGGCGCUCGCCCUACAGUGCGCCAUGAAGGACCCGCAGAGCUGUGCACUGCCUGCUCUGACUCUGUGCGAAAAGGACCACACAUCAUUUGAAGCUGCCUACCAAAUCGUAUUGGACAGUGCCAGCUCUGGCCCUGGUGCCCACUCUCACCUGUUCACCGUUGCCCGUUACAUGGAGCACCGUGGUCUGCCCAUGAGGGCGUUUACCCUUGCAACGCUGGCCCUAUCCAACCUAAACAUUGGCUUCAGCCAGGACUCUCAUCCGGCAGUCAGCGACGUCCUGUGGGCUUGUUCAUUGGCACAUUCCUUGGGUAAAGUGGAGCUGAGCACCGUGGUGCCCCUAGUGAUCAAAAGUGUACAGUGUGCCCCAGUCCUCUCGGACAUACUACGGCGCUGUAGCCUGGCUCCUCCUGGCUUAGCCCAGGCUCUCUCUGCUGCUAAUGCCUCAAGGGGCAGAGGAACCGGACCCCGGGCUGAUAAGCCUCCCCUCUGCCAGCUUCUGGAAGCCGCCGUUGGAGCGUACAUCAGCACCACACACUCCCGUCUUACACACAUCAGCCCGCGCCAUUAUGGCGAAUUUAUAGAGUUCCUGGCCAAGGCACGAGACACUUUCAUGUUGGCACCAGACGGGCACCGGCAGUUUUCCCAGUUUCUGGAUAAUCUUAAGCAGACUUACAAGGGGAAAAAAAAAUUAAUGCUUUUGGUAAGAGAAAGAUUUGGCUGAGCAAACAAUGAAGGCGAUUUCCACCGUUUAAAAAAAGAAGAAAAUAAUAAUAAUAAAUAAUAAAGACUUGCUGCUCCCCCACCAAGGGUCCAGAUAAACGAGUAGGGGAGAGGUUCCCCUAUACCUCGUAUCUCUCCAUUGGACAGCCCUUCCUGCAGGUGGAGACAUUUUUUUUUAGUUAUUGAAGGAAACUUAAUUUUGAAGAAAAUCGCCUGGGAAUUCCGGGUGAAGUUGUGCAUUUUUAUUUUUUUGUUGUUAAAUAACUUAUAUUUAUUUAUAAUAUUGGUGAAACCUCUCCUCUUCCCAACUGCAGGAACUUAAUCCCAGUCUGUGGCCCACUUUGACUUUUUAUGUAUUUAACAUAGAAAUCCUGUGUGGAGGUGGGCGCAUUCGUGUGCGGGACAGCGGAACGAUCUGCAAAGAGCAGAAUUUAUAUAUUUAUUUCUGAAGGAAUCUCUGUAUUAACUUAUUAAUAAUUUUUUUUUUUUGUAUGAUUAAGUCUGACUUGUAAUCUAAUCGAGCGUCUAUAAUUUUUUUUUAUUUUUAUGUGUUUGAUGCAAAACAUCUCCACCGCUUAACUCCAAAAUGCUGCCGCUGAUCUAUAGCGUAGCUAAGCUUUAACAGGCUUGAACCAAGUAUUAAGCCAAAGGCAGCCAUUUUGUAUGACGCUGGCUUUGAUUUUUCACGUAAAAACAGGAUCGGCUCAUACCAGAGGGGUAUGGGCACUGGUCAUUUCCCAUUUUUAGUUUUGUCACUUAAACAUGAAGUAGCUUGGCUAUUGUGAGUCAUGUUUAGUUAUCCCUUCACAGAUGUGCUGGAUAUAGCCUGAGCCCAAAAAAUGGUCACUGAUGCUUGGGGGUGUAGACAAGAGGCCGGUUUUUAAAGAAGAACUAUCAUGAGCAUUAAAAUAAUUAAAUGCAUUCAUGUCUAAACAUCUGUAUUGGCUUCUCCGUUGAACCACUAUUGAAAUGUGAAGAACAUCUCUUGCUUUCCAACUCCUUCCCUGACAGAACCCCCAAUUUGGGGGUGUUACUAAAGCCUAUUCUGUAAAUGCACCUGACAGGAGCGCUGUUCCACCUUUCCUAUCUGUUUUCAAGCAGGCUUGACUGAAUUUGCCACCUGGUGAUCUAGCUUUAUUGGUUGCUAGGGUGCAGGCAGCUGAUCUCUGCAGUGUCAUUGCUAUUAUGGAGCACAGGCCUCCCACACCAUGGGGACACUGCCUGCAUUCUAGCAACCAAGAACACUGUAAAACCUUGCUACCUGCAUCCUAGUAACCACUGAAGAUGGAUUAUCAGGUGGUGCUCUUUCUCCUUUUGCACAGUGACGGGUCUUGCCUCACCCCCUGUAGUUUUUCUAUAGUGGAAUGGAGCCUUUUGGAAGCCUUUUCAAGCAGGCUUGACUGGCUUUGCCACCUUGCGAUCCAGCUUUAUUGGUUGCUAGGAUGCAGACAGCUGACCUAUGCAGCGGCACUGGUUGCUAUGAUGGUGGAUAGGCCUCCCACACCGUGGAAACGCUGCCUGCAUCCUAGCGCCCAAGGUUGCUGUAAGACCUUGCUGCCUGCAUCCUAGCAACCAUUAAAGAUGGUUCGCCAAGUGGUGGAUCAGUUGAGCCUAUCGCUGCUUCAAAAGACUAGGUGGGUGGAACAGGGGAACUGACAACCUUCCUUCCCCUGCAUUCUUACUAACGGCACGUGUUGCCAGAAAGUGCCUGGUGUCUGAGACAAGCGUCAUUCAAAAAAUAUUUCCCUGUUGGGUGCAUGGGCAGAAUGUGAUUGGGGGGAAGCAUAACGCACUGGUCAUGCUAUCUCAGGACUAACAUGCCUAGAAAGAUGGGAACAAAAUCCUAUAUGCACCUUGCCACAUGGGGGAGCAAGAAUGUUUGAUACUACUUUAAUGGCCACUUGUGCUUGAUUAGACUUGAAGAAAAACUUAAAGAAAUGACCAAAAAGUAGAAUACCUUGUAAUAAGGUAAACUUGUCAUUCCAAUUAACCUUGGGUGCAUAUGUCAGUGGGAGGCCAUUUUGUGGCUCAGUUGUGUCAGCAUUUGAAAGGCUGCAGCAUCGUACGCAUUGUUGUAAGACAAAAUGGCUGCCAUCCAUUGACCGUAGGCCUAAGGUGAUCUCCCAAUUCCUGUCCUUCCCGUUGUAUUGGAUCAGCCUGUGUUUUCCGUGGCGUGGCAGUAGAUCGGAGAUUGAUGGUUGACCAAAAUUUGCUGUGAAGGUAUUUCUGGUGGUCAGCUUGCUGUGUAUACUUUGUGUAUAUUACUCUGUGUGUAAUGUAUAUGUAUUAACACUGACAGCACUACCCCAUGUUAUUAGACUGUUCAGGGUAGGGAGAAGUCACAGGAGACACAUUUUUAGUCUCGGUAGCACUGAAAGAACUGAUUUUGGAGGGGGUGACCUUGCUUAAUACCUCAACAUCCUCCUCCUCAUUUCCAAAUCGCUUGGAUAUAAUAUGUCGCUGAUGAUAUAACUCAGGAAAAUACAAGCUGUCCAUUUGGUAUCUCCACAGCACUCUGCUUUUUUCUUUCCUUUCCAUUCCUCGGGGGAGGGCCUCUACACUUUUCUGCCCUCCCCCAAGUUUCCCCCAAAUGAAGGUUUAAAUCCCCUAAUAUAUGAAAGCGACUCGCUGAUUAAUAUAAUUUUGUCGGGGAGGGAGCUGAUCUAUUAAAAAUGAUGACUUUAUUGCUGUUUUAUUUAUUGACUGCUCUGUAAUACUUUAAUGACGACAAAUACAUUUUAAAGAAAACCUGUGUUCUGAUCA